ACCCCACACCACCAAGAGCUUCACUUCUACUGGCCUCGCCAACGGCCAUUGACAGCUGUUCCCUAUUAACAGCAAAAAUGAGUUCCAUCCGGCGCGUGUCCCCAACGGACCUCCUCUCCCUCAACCUCACCAACCUCGACCCGCUGACCGAAAACUACGACCUGGGCUUCUACCUCAACUACCUCAUGCGAUGGCCCUCGCUCUUCAGCGCGGUGAAAGACCGCACAGAAGGCAUAGUCGGAUACAUCAUGGGCAAGCUCGAAGAACAACACCCUUCAAUGCGCCACUCGGAACACUACACCCCCUGGCACGGACACAUUACCGUGCUGACAGUCGCCCCAGCCUGGCGACGUCUGGGCCACGCGCGCCGCCUGACAGAGCGUCUCGAGCAGGGCUCCGACAUCAACGAUGCCUGGUUUGUGGAUCUGUACGUGCGCGCGGGGAAUAAGGUCGCUGUGGGGAUGUACAAGGGGAUGGGGUAUUCUGUUUUCCGGCGGGUUGUCAAUUACUACAGCGAUGAUCCGACAGGGAUGUCGGACUCGGGCGAGGAUGCGUUCGAUAUGCGCAAACCGUGCAGUCGGGAUAAGAAACUGCAGCAUAUACGCGAGAACGGGGAGGAGUUUUUGGUGAAUCCCGAGGAUGUUUCAUAACAGAUAGCGUUUGUCUUUACGUUUGAGCGGGCUGUGGUGCUUGAUGCAGUCGAUUUAGCUUCCCGGCGUUGGGGAGUUAUACUAUGGUUUUCUGUGGCAUUACGGAUGCGAAAAGCUUAGGAUGAUGAUAGACAAAAUCACUUUUAUUUUCCCGUCG